AUGUCACCAAAGUCCCCUCCCCUCUCAAAGAACAUCCUGGAAAUCAUGACUACUGUUGCUGCCUCCAAUGCGCCAGCUAGCCGACAGCCUCCUUCGUUGCCGUAUCCACCCUCAGAAUUCAUCCCCGCUUCCUGCUGCAUUGACAUCCACCCGAAAUGA